AGCGCGAAUUUACUGACCGGAAGGUUCGUGGUUCUAACCCGACAUCUGCCACUCGACUUCCCCUGUCUAGGCUUAGGCGACCUGGCAGUAUCCCAGCCCUCGUGCAACCUUCGGGUCGCAUGGCAGUUAGACACCGAAAGGGUGCUACAGCUGAACGAUUUUUUUCCUGCACUCAUACCAAAUGCACUAACCCAACAACGCUGCCUUGCGGUUGGGCAUUUGAGCCAAAGGCUUCGGUUGAGGGCCCUAAUCGUCCUCCUGUCU